CUACGAAUCACCUACCAGUACCAUUUCCAGUGGUCAACUACCAAUUCAUAUUCUACUCCCUUUUAUAGCUCCAACUCCUCACCCUUUGCUCUUCUUCUUUUAAUACUCUGUUUUGUAAACCCUAAAAAUCCACAUGAAAUUGGGUCACUCCACUCCCUCCACUCACUAGCCUUCCUGCAUUUUUGGAAACCCUUCUCACUCAAGCUCUGAAGCUUGAAAAAUGGCUGAAGAACUGGACAAGCCACUGUUGGGUCCUGAGAAUUUCAACCGGGAUGGUAUUGAUCUGGAACGCUUACCAUUAGACGAAGUUUUCGAGCAAUUGAAGACAUCACGAGCAGGACUUAGCUCCGAAGAUGCAGAGGUUCGAUUGCAGAUAUUUGGCCAAAACAAGCUUGAAGAAAAAACAGAGAACAAAUUUUUGAAAUUUCUCAGUUUCAUGUGGAAUCCCUUGUCAUGGGUUAUGGAAGCAGCAGCAAUAAUGGCAAUUGCACUUGCUAAUGGUGGAGGGGAGGGUCCUGAUUGGCAGGAUUUUGCGGGGAUUAUUUGCCUUCUUAUAAUAAACUCAACAAUUAGCUUUAUAGAGGAAAACAAUGCUGGCAAUGCAGCAGCAGCCCUCAUGGCACGUUUAGCUCCAAAAACAAAGGUCCUUAGAGAUGGUCGUUGGCAAGAGCAAGAUGCAUCUGUUCUAGUACCAGGAGAUAUUAUCAGCAUAAAGCUUGGAGAUAUCAUCCCUGCAGAUGCUCGCCUGCUUGAGGGUGAUCCACUGAAAAUUGACCAGUCGGCUCUUACUGGAGAAUCACUUCCUGUCACCAAGAGGACAGGUGAUGAAGUUUUUUCUGGUUCAACAUGUAAGCAAGGAGAGAUUGAAGCUGUAGUGAUAGCAACUGGAGUUCACUCUUUCUUUGGAAAAGCUGCACAUCUAGUCGAUUCCACUGAAAGUAUUGGUCAUUUCCAGAAGGUUCUUACUGCCAUUGGGAAUUUCUGCAUUUGUUCUAUAGCUGUGGGGAUGAUUCUAGAAAUCAUUGUCAUGUACCCCAUACAGCUCCGUUCAUACAGAGAUGGAAUCAACAACCUUCUUGUUCUAUUGAUUGGAGGAAUACCUAUAGCUAUGCCAACAGUAUUAUCUGUCACGCUCGCAAUUGGUUCUCAUCGACUCUCUCAACAGGGUGCCAUUACGAAGAGGAUGACAGCAAUUGAAGAAAUGGCUGGAAUGGAUGUCCUCUGUAGUGAUAAAACUGGAACUCUUACCCUGAAUCGCCUCACUGUCGAUCGAAACCUUAUUGAGGUUUUUAACAAAGAUAUGGACAAGGACAUGAUUGUCCUGCUUGCUGCCAGAGCAUCAAGACUGGAGAAUCAGGAUGCCAUUGAUACAGCCAUUGUUAACAUGCUUGCUGAUCCAAAGGAGGCACGUGCAAACAUCACAGAAGUGCAUUUCCUUCCUUUCAAUCCAGUGGACAAACGCACUGCAAUUACGUACAUUGAUUCUGAUGGCAACUGGUAUCGGGCCAGCAAAGGAUCUCCUGAACAGAUUCUAAAUCUCUCUGAAGAGAGAGAAGAGAUCGCUGGAAAAGUGCAUGCCAUUAUUGACAAGUUCGCUGAACGUGGCUUGCGGUCCCUUGGGGUUGCUCUUCAGGAAGUUCCAGAAAGAUCAAAGGACGGUCCUGGGGGUCCUUGGAAAUUCUGUGGGUUGCUGCCCUUGUUUGAUCCUCCUAGGCAUGAUAGUGCUGAGACCAUUCGUAGAGCACUUAACCUUGGUGUUUGUGUUAAGAUGAUUACAGGUGAUCAGUUGGCAAUUGCAAAGGAGACAGGUCGACGACUUGGCAUGGGAACUAAUAUGUACCCGUCUUCAUCAUUGUUGGGCCGUAACAGGGAUGAAAACGAAGUUCUUCCGGUGGAUGAGCUCAUUGAGAAGGCAGAUGGCUUUGCUGGUGUAUUUCCUGAACAUAAGUAUGAGAUUGUGAAGAUUCUACAAGAAAAGAAGCAUGUCGUUGGAAUGACUGGAGAUGGUGUGAAUGAUGCACCUGCUUUAAAGAAAGCAGAUAUUGGAAUUGCGGUGGCAGAUGCUACAGAUGCAGCAAGGAGUGCUUCUGAUAUUGUCUUGACAGAGCCAGGAUUAAGUGUGAUUAUCAGUGCUGUUUUAACCAGCCGUGCUAUAUUCCAAAGAAUGAAGAAUUAUACGAUAUAUGCUGUCUCCAUAACAAUUCGGAUUGUGCUUGGUUUUAUGCUCCUAGCAUUGAUAUGGGAAUACGACUUUCCGCCUUUCAUGGUUCUGAUUAUAGCAAUAUUGAAUGAUGGGACCAUCAUGACAAUUUCAAAAGACAGGGUGAAGCCAUCUCCGAAACCUGACAGUUGGAAGCUUAAUGAAAUAUUUGCAACCGGUGUUGUCAUUGGCACUUAUCUUGCUUUAAUUACUGUCUUGUUUUACUGGGUUGUAGGAAGCACUUCUUUCUUUGAGAACCAUUUUGGUGUGGAGUCUCUAUCCAGUACUGAAAAAAUUUCAUCAGCUAUGUAUCUUCAAGUCAGCAUUAUCAGCCAAGCUCUUAUAUUUGUUACCCGCAGCCAUAGUUGGUCAUUUAUGGAGAGGCCUGGGAUUCUCCUGAUGUGUGCAUUUGUUGUGGCUCAAUUGGUUGCUACCCUAAUUGCUGUCUAUGCAACUAUUAGCUUUGCUUCAAUUAGUGGCAUUGGAUGGGGGUGGGCAGGUGUUAUAUGGCUAUAUAGUGUGAUCUUCUACAUCCCCCUUGAUAUUAUCAAGUUUGCAGUUCACUAUGCUUUGAGUGGAGAAGCCUGGAAUCUACUGUUUGAUAGGAAGACGGCUUUCACAUCCAAAAAAGAUUAUGGGAAGGAAGACAGAGAGGCUAAGUGGGUACUUUCUCAAAGAACUCUACAAGGAUUGAUGUCUGGAGAGUUGGAGAUCAGUAGAAGGCGGUCCAACCUGAUUGCUGAACAAGCCAGGCGUCGUGCUGAAAUAGCUAGACUAGGAGAAUUGCACACUUUGAGAGGACACGUAGAAUCGGUGGUGAGGCUCAAAAAUUUGGACAUGAGAUCAAUUCAGACAGCUCAUACGGUCUAAAGCCAUGACAUAGUAAGCCUGUCUUGUACAAUUUUCUAGAGAAGAUAAACACUACUGUAUUUGUUGGUAUGAUGAAAUUGGAAACAAUUUGCAAGAGACAUGCCACGGCGUUGCUGGAAAUGAUGUUAGUCGGUGAACUAUACAAUCAAAUUCUUUUUUCUUUUUUUUUUUUCGGAUUCCAGAGGUUUGGAGUGCAUCUGGAAUGAGCCUUUUUGCUAAUAAAUCAUUCCAUUUUCCUAUUAUGUAUUAUUACAUUUUUUUUAUAGAGAGCCAGACUAUUUUUGGCGAGUUCUUCGAGAUUUUAGUUUCUGAUUGCAGGGAUAUUUGUGUAAUCAAUGGACUAUUCUGGACGUCAAAAAGAUACCUAGCUGGUGUGGCUUUGGAGAGUAUAUUUUGGACUCACUACAGCAUGGUCCAUGUGUUUUGCCUAGCCAAAUGUUUAGAUCUUGAACAAUUCUCAUUUAGGUUGUUUUUGGAUUUUAAAUUUAUUUAUGAAUUUGUGUAGAGGUAAAAUUGGGGUAGGAAA